AGCUAUAUACAUACAUAUAAUAUAUACAUUCAUUUCUAUAUAUAUCAUCACCUCAAUCGCGACCGAGUUUUUUCUUGAAUUUAAAUCUGAAUAAAAAUGAGGAGGUUCAGAAGAUUCGACAUUGUCGAAGAAACCUCCAUUUUCUCCCCUCCGAAAACCCUAUUCCUGAACCCCUUCUUCCCUCCGUUCGCCAUUGUUGAAGAAGAGUUUCACCGCGCUUUCGACCUUCUAGAAUAUUCCCACCCUCCACACUUUCCUCUCGAUCUGAUCCGGGUCGAGAAAACCCCAUCCCGGAUCUCGACCCGCCGGAUCUCCCGCCGGGUCGGACCCAGCGAGCUGUACCUGGAGGCGAUCUCCGAUCGCGUGUCGGAAUUGGAGAUCGGUUUCGAACGCCUACUGAAAGAGGAGAAGGCGAGGAAGAAGAAGCAGAUCGGCGAGCGGAAGCACACGUGGACGGCGGAGAUUGAGGAGCCGGACGAAGACCGGAAGUACAAAUGGACGGCGGGGAUUAAGAGCGGCGAGGAUGGGAGUAACGUUGUGGAGAAGAGUUACAAAUGUACGGCUCAGAUUAAAGGCAAGGGCAAGGGCGGCGAUUGCCGUCCGAUCGAACGGAGUUACACGGUUAAGGUGUCGACCGGCGGCAAAUUGGAAAAGGAGACGAAGAAGAAAGGGGAUAAAGUGAAGGAGAAGGGUAAGAAGGUGGGCCCCACCGCCCGCAUUGUUGAGAUUGAAGAGCCCACUCGCCAUGGUGGCGUUGUGUUGAGGCAGGCCUUUGCUAAGAGAGCGGAGAAGAGAAACGGAAAGAAAAAGGAGCUCUCUCCACACGAUGCAGCUUCUCUUAUUCAAAUCAGUUUCCGGGCUUAUCUAAUUCGAAGGUCUCAAUCUCUACGCGCACUUCGUGAGCUGGCAAUUGCAAAGUCAAAAUUGAAGGAAAUACGGUCUUUGUUCAACAACUUCUCUUAUCGCCGUCGUUUAUCAAACAAUGCAGAAGAGCGUCAGAGAUUCUCCGAAAAAAUCAUCGUUCUUCUUCUCACUGUUGAUGCUAUUCCGGGUUAUGAUGUGAUGGUUAGAGGGGCGAAGAAAUCGAUGGUGGAAGAGCUGGAGGGUAUGCUUGAUGUGGUGGAGCCUCAACAAGCUUCCGGAAGGUCUUUGUCGAUGAGAAGGAGAAUGUUCGAUAUGCCAGAUGGCACGAUCAAUAAGGAACUCGCUGCUGGUGUUGCGCAGGUGGUUCAAAUGCUUGAUCAAGAGCAAACUAGCGGUUCUCAAAGUUUCGAUGUUUGAUUGUACUAAAACUAAAUUUUUUAGCAUGUUUGCGUAUUUAGCUGAACUUGAUUUUACUUUCGUUCUUAGAAAUAUUUCGUGUCGUCGUGUCAAGACUUAUGUUCUAGUUUUUCCUUUAACAUGUGGACGAAGAUCUGAAUUCUUUGUGAAAUUAACGAUGUUUGCUUUGAUUGAGGUUA